AUGUUUCGGCAGGCAGGCGGCGUGCGUGACUCGCCGCGUGACGCCGCGGUCGACCUGUGGUGCAGCGACGAGGCGGCGGCGCUGGUCACAUACGGCCCGAUCUCGAGCUGGAACGUGCGGGCCAUCAAUGACAUGUCGAAGCUGUUCGCCUACAACGAACGUGAUGAGGCAACGUGCAACCCUGACAUCGGCGCCUGGGACAUGAGCAGCGUCACGGACACCAGCGGGAUGUUUACCUACGCGACCUCCUUCAACCAGGACAUCAACAGCUGGGACAUGAGCAGCGUGACGAGAACCGACACGAUGUUUGCCGGUGCGACCUCCUUCAACCAGGACAUCAACAGCUGGGACAUGAGCAGCGUGACGAGAACCGACACGAUGUUUGCCGGUGCGAGAGCCUUCAACCAGCCGCUCAACAGCUGGAACAUGAGCAGCGUGACGAGAACUGACAGCAUGUUCCUUGACGCGGCCUCCUUCGACCAGCCGAUCGACAGCUGGGACAUGAGCAGCGUGACGAGAACCAAAGACAUGUUCAAUCUCGCGGCCUCCUUCGACCAAGACAUCAGCGACUGGGACCUCACGUCCAAUACUCGAUGCGCUGACAUGUUUGCGUACGCGGCAUCGAACAGCUGCACGAUCUCGUCCUCCUGCAAAGCCAUCUCGUGCACACUUUCGCCGCCACCCGCCUCGCCGCCGCCGAAGCCGCCGCCACCAACGUAG